CGGGCGUCGUCCUCGUCAGCUAUAAUUUCGCGCAUGUUUGUUACCAAAGUAAUUUAUGUCCCCGCACGGCCGUUUUAUUAACAGAUAAUUGGGCUAACAGAACAGAACUGAAAAUAUGGCAACUGCCCAGAAGCAAAAGAAUUCUUUGAGUGCAGCAAUAUUCUCCAACAAAAUAUCAACUGAGCAGCAAUCACUGGUCCUAGUGAAGAGACUGCUGGCCAUUGCGGUAUCCUGCAUUACUUACCUAAGAGGAAUCUUUCCGGAAUGUGCAUAUGGAACAAGAUAUUUAGAUGACCUCUGUGUGAAAAUAUUGAAGGAAGAUAAAAACUGCCCUAGCUCCAGUCAGCUGGUGAAAUGGAUGUUAGGCUGCUAUGAUGCACUACAGAAAAAAUACCUCAGAUUGAUCGUUUUAGCGGUCUACACCAACCAGGAGGACCCUCAAACUGUUACAGAGUGCUACCAGUUCAAGUUCAAAUACACUGGCAAUGGACCAUUGAUGGAUUUCACAAGUAAAAACCAGGGGAGUAAUUCCAACAUCACCUGCGCAGAUACUAAGAAAGCAAGUAUCCUGCUGAUACGGAAGAUUUAUGUCUUGAUGCAGAAUCUGGGCCCUCUGCCCGAUGAUGUCUGUCUAACUAUGAAACUCUUCUAUUACGAUGAAGUUACACCCCCUGACUACCAGCCACCAGGAUUCAAAGAGGGUGACUGUGACGGGAUAGCAUUUGAGGGGGAACCUAUGUACCUCAGUGUUGGUGAAGUUCCCACCCCUUUUCAUCUGUUGAAAGUUAAAGUGACCACAGAGAAGGAACGGAUGGAGAACGUUGACAAAGCCAUUCUAAAGCAAAGCAUCUCCAAGAAUACUUCAAAGGCACAGAAUCCUGAGGAAAGGCAGGACCAGAAAAUGGAUGAAGAUUUUACUGCAGAAAAUAAAACAAGAGAAAAGAAAAACACAGACAGGAUUCUGCAUGAUGGAGAAUUAAAUUUAGUAUGCAAAGAAGAUGAAAGCAUACGAGCAGAAGACAGCCAAACUCUCUCCAUCUGUAGUUCUCAGGUGGAGCAGCUAGUAAAUAAGACUAAAGAACUUGAAGUAGCAGAGAGCAAGACCCGAAGUGGAAAGAGAUUUCAGUGCAACACAGGUGGUAUAGAAAGCACCAAAAAGCCGUUAGCAGCAAAGCGUCCUAUAGAAGCCCCAAAGAAAAGUGGCUCACAACCAGGCAAACCUGAUUCUCCUUGGAGGGCUUCCGCUCCAGCCCCCCCAGAAGGACUUGUGUUGAAGCUGAUGGUGUUGAAGCUGAUGGUGUGACUCAGCUGGCUGCCAGUUGUGUCAAGUGGAGCUCUAGGCCUGCGUUUACUGGAUGCCAUUUGUCAACAACAUCUUGGCAUGUCAGAGGGGUGCCAGCAAGGAAAUGCAUCCUAAGCAGGUCUGGAGCGCCAUUCAUCAUGGUUGAGAUACUCCAAGUGGCCCUCCUGCCCCUUCUCUAUGUAUGGAUUGGUGCCACGAGUGGAGGCAAGCGACUUGUCACCUGAGAAGGGACCAGUAAGUUGUGGCUCGUGCAGUUUGUCUAACGGGCCUCUUGCUCUCUCCCUCCUUCCAUCUCUCCCACUCCUCCUCUCCAAACAAUGUACAAUGUUAUUUCAUUUUGACAGGACUUUGUGCUUUUCAAAAUAGUUUUGCGCUUCUGCAAAUCUCAGCAUUUCCCCAGCCAUAAAAAAAUCCCUUUUCUUGGCAGCUGAUGCUGUUUUCUCUUCAUAGCAAUUUACAUGCACCCCAUAACUUGGCUUUUAUAUAUAGUUACAACUUUUCUAACUUCUUAUAUGCAGUUAUAACUUAAAACAGUUGUAAAAGUUCACAAUAAAAUUAUUUAGAAAAAAACAAAAACCUUUGCUAUUUACAUGUAACAUGUGGGACCUAUUCCUGGUCAGAGUUCCAGCCAGCCAGAAUAUUUUCCAGGAUAGCCCACCUGCAACAACACUCAAAAUAACAUUCAAUUAUUUAUCUGCAGUUUUACGUUCUAAAACAUACUGAAUUGUUGCGUUUAUCUUUUUCAGGUAUAUGAUUUUGAAUUCUCUUCUAGUCAAGAUUCAAGUCCCAAACGGAGAAAGUUUAGCGAACCGAAAGAGCAGUUUAAAUACUAGCUUCCGGAUGUUUUCAUUUGCUUUUUUUCCUAGAAUGUUUUUCUUAUUGUAACUACUAUCUUGUUAUAUUUAGAAGGAGUUUAUUUUAAGUUGUUAAGGCCAUCAAACAAAUGUAUAUGCUGUAGUUCCAGUCAGGGGUAUAGGCUUUUAAUUCAACUACAUAUAAAACUCGAAUCUCAUAAACCUCAUGUUUCAUCCAUCAGCCGUGUGUGUGAGAGAUGGCAGUUCUCUGGAGCAUUAAAUGCUACUCUGGGCAUACAAGAAAAAAUUACUCAUGUGGAGAUUCAUGUCCCUUGGGCUUUCAGGCACUGGACACACAGUGUGCCUGGGCUAUGGAUCUCUGGAUUACUAAAUACAGUGUGUGCAAAUGAAAUGGGACACCAACAGUCAUUUAAAGUAGGCCUGAUGAAAACGGCCUUAAGGACCAACUCGGAAAAAAUUGUUUCACUUUCGUAGGGCUUAAUCCAGGAUAGUUUUCUGGCAAAAUCCAAUACAUUAUACCACCAUGUUUUACAUGGAUAGGCUCUCCCAGGCUGAAGAUUAAAAACUGAGUUUUUGUAGAAUAGCAUGUCCGGAAAAAGGCAUCUCCUUAUAGGAAGAAGGAACUUGGCACAAUUUGUUUAGUCUGUUGAUUUUCAUAACUGCACAUUUAGAUUUUUUAAAAGAGCAGCUAUUCUGUUCUAGUUUUGUUCCUUACAUGAAACUGAACUAUCAGAAUCCUCUAAUAUUGUUACUGGUAACGAAUAUAUAAAAAUAAUAGAGGUGUGUGUCCAUGACAGCAGUAAUAAAGUGGUUAACCAUUUUAAAAAUAUAACUACAUCUUAUUCUUAAUUUUGCAAAACAAGUGCCCAUGAUGAGGUUUCUGUUAAGCAGAAUAAUCUCAGGCAGCUCUUUUUAUACCAUGCAAAUAAAAGGAAAAAAGCUUUGAACUAAUGGUCUGAUCCUGAAAAAGUUAACCACACCUAAGUCAUAUGGAAAGAGACCUCACAAUUGAGAUACAUCCCAUGAAUUUCAACAAUUCUCAGGCACAUCUGACUUUUUCUGGAUUGUUAGUUGUCCCUAACUUGUUUUCUGUUACAGACGGUAUUGCCAAAAAUUUAGAAAAAUGUUAAUUUGUGCUGUAUAAUUUUUGAAACAGUGGAAGUGUUCAGGCUAAAAAAUGUUGAUUUCUAAUGGAACAUUUACAGAGGUUUGCACCACAUUCUGUGCUUUCCAUUUCAGACCUUCCCAUUUUAUAGCCACAAUAAACUUCAGCUUGAACAAGCCA